GUCAUCUAAAAUUCAUCAAGCCAUUUUGUAAAUGUAAGAAAUAAAAGGACACAUCAGGAAUUCUUUUCAGAAGAAAAUGUAAUAACAAUAGUCAUCAAUCAGGAAAGAAAAUGAAGGUCAUAAGCUGCAUUUCUGCAUUCAUUAUUGUAAGUUUUCUUAAUGUAGCCAUGGUAGAUGCAGCACCAUAUAGCUUUACUUGUCCGAUUUACACCACAUGUGAAGGACAAACCGUAACUUGCCCAGAAGAGUGCCCGAAUUUCUUCAUGCAAACCGGCCCAGGAUUUACUAAAUGGUGCCAACCAAAUUGUGGUGCUCUUGGAUCAACUUGCUCUCCCUUUUGCAGGCCAAUGGAUUUAAGUUGUGAUAGCCCCGGAUCGGCAUGCUUUGAUCCUCGCUUCAUCGGCGCAGAUGGAGGUGUGUUCUACUUUCACGGCAAGAGCAACGAGCAUUUCAGCUUAGUCUCCGAUCACAACCUUCAAAUCAACAGCCGCUUUAUCGGCCAUAGGCCGGCCGGUAGGCCGAGAGACUUCACCUGGAUUCAAGCAUUGGGUAUCCUCUUCAACUCCCACAACUUCUCUGUUGAGGCCACGAAAGCCGCCACGUGGGAUGAAAACAUCGAUCACUUCAAAUUCACCUUUGAUGGAAGGCGAAUCAUCAAACCAGAAGGCGCUUUUUCCACAUGGACUCAUCAGAAGGAUACAACAACAAUAAUAAUCAUCAAAAGAACAGCAGACCAGAACAGGGCAAUUGUGAAGAUUCCGGGUCUUGUGGAAAUACUAAUCAAUGUUGUUCCUGUAACGAAGGAAGACAGCCGAAUCCACAACUAUGGGAUUCCUUCUAAUGAUUGUUUUGCUCAUUUGGAGGUACAGUUUAGGUUCUACUCACUUUCGGCGAAAGUGGAAGGCGUAUUAGGCCGAACAUAUCAGCCUGAUUAUGUGAAUCCGGCAAAACCAGGUGUAGUUAUGCCUGUUUUGGGAGGAGAAAAUAGAUACAGAACAACUUCGCUGCUUACGGCGGAUUGCAAGACUUGUAUUUACUCUCCAGAUGAAGUUUCAGGUGAAUCCGUCCCGUCAAUACUCUCAUUCUAUAGCACGUUAGACUGCACCGGGAAGUUGUCACGUGGAAACGGAGUAGCUUGCAAUAAAUAAUUAAUCAGCAAGAAUUAGUCCUAUUAUUAAUCAUCCUUUCAUCUGUGAUCAAUAAAGCUGGCAGAAGCAAGCAUUCUGUUUCAACUUGUGCCUCGGAAUAAAUUAUGGAGAUGAAAAUUAAAUGUUUUUCACAAAUAAAGGUUUUGUAACAUCCAUCUCCACAUUAUGAGUGACAAGUGUAAACUUCGUAUAAUUAUUUUCUUUAGC